AGUCUGCGAAGCCAUCGGUCGGGCACUAUGGUGACGUAUGGUAUAAAGGUCAAACCGCGCUGCGACCCGCUACAGCCUCGCUCAACAACUCUCAUCGUCCGUAACUCAGUAGCCGUCACGCCGUCUUCGCUAUGGGUUUCUUUGAGGAGCUGGGUUACCUCACACAGGUGGUCCGCCAGCUGUUCCCCGGGAAGUCUCACUUUAGUCCGGACGAUAUCCCUGACUUGACAGGCCAGGUUAUAAUUGUUACGGGAGGUAAUAUUGGGAUCGGCCUGGAGACGAUCAAGGUGUUGUUGCAGCACAACGCUAAGGUGUACAUGGCCUCGCGCAACAAGGAUAAGGCGACUGCGGCUAUCCAGCAGCUCAAGGAGGAGACGAGCAAAGAGGCUAUCUUCCUGGAGCUCGAUCUCAGUGUGCUCUCGUCUGUCAAGAAGGCUGCAGAAGAGUUCCUUAGCAAGGAACAAGAACUGCAUGUGCUAUUCAACAAUGCGGGCGUGAUGUGGUGCCCCAUUGAGUGGGUCACGGAAAACGGCUUUGACAUGCAGUUCGGUACAAACGUCGUUGGACACUUCCUGUUCGCCGAGCUUCUCUUGCCGGCUCUCUUUGCGGGCGUCAAUAGCUCCCCUGACCAUCAUGCGCGCGUCGUUACGACGUCCUCAAGCGGAGCAUACUUGAACACGCUCGACUGGGACACCUUCCAAGAGUCCCCCAAGCGAAAGAAGACGUCUUCAGCGGUACUCUACAAUCAGAGCAAACUGGCAAACGCCAUAGUGGCGCGUCAGAUUGCGAAGCGGUACGCCGACAAGGGGAUCAUCUCUUUAUCCCUGGACCCAGGUGGCAUCGAUACUGAAUUGCAGCGUCACUCGCGGAUAAGACGCAGCAUCAUGAGAGCAGUUAUCCUCCAUCCUGCGCCGAUGGGGGCACUUACGCAACUGUGGGCAGGGACCAUGCCUGAAGCCCUUAACCACAAUGGCGAGUUUUUGAUCCCUUGGGCAAGGGUUGGGAAGUGCAGAAAGGAGGCAUAUGAUGAUGAACUCGGCCAGCGGCUUUGGGCAUGGCUAAAGGAGCAAGUGAAGCUUUAGUGAAUGGCUUGAUUACCAAUUGCAUUGCGGUUGCCUCCCAAACUUCAAAAGACGCGGAGCCCGCCUUGUCCCGCUACGGCGUUAUAAUUCGUUGCGUAUUCUAUGUAAUUUCGUCAGUUUGAAGGAAUACUGUAAUCUUGAGGCCAAUCGGACUGCUUGCUG